AUGGAUACUGAAAUCAAAAAGCAACUAAUUCAAUCAGUAGAUAAUAUAAAAAAUAAAAUAAAAAUAAUGCAGAGUGAAGAAGAUGCAGCUAAUUUAAAAUUUAAAAAGGUAUUUAAACCUGUCACUGAUAACUUAGAGACCAUGAUUAAAGGUAAUGAUUCAAAUAAACCAACACUAAAUGUUUCCAUAGAUAUGAGUAAACAUGAAACAAUAGAUGAUCAAGACUUUUCUUUAGAUUAUGAAAAAUUCUGCAAGAACGCACAAAGAGGAUCAAGUGAAAGUUCUGAUAAUUAUGAUUUUACAUGUGAAGAAAAAAAUGUAAAUGAUACACCAUCAUCGUUACAAAAAGAAGUUACUGACAUGUAUGAUAAAAAUAUAAAUGUACCAUUCGGUAUACGUAGUGAAAACAAGAAUUUAAUGAAGGGGAAUUCCAAAGUAUCGUUUUCGUUAUCAGACGAUGCUUCGAAUUCCAAUAAUAUUGUGAGCAUUGGUAGUCGCCACUAUGAAUUAACACCUGGUUUAAAGGAACUUUUAAUUCGCAAUAAACCUAAUCUUAAAUGUAGCGGCUACGUGAUACCAGAACAUUUUAUAGAGGAAAUACAAGCAAGGUCCUCGAAAUCAAAUAGAUUCAAACAGCUAAGGAAUGAUGCUACUGCCGGCUCCCACCAUCAUAUGCAAGACAGGCCAAAACUCAAGAUGAAGCUGUUCAUUCUAUUGUCUGUGUUGUCUUUGUUGGCUCUGGUUGCCGCGAAGCCUGUAGAACUAGAGGAAAAGUCCAGAACAAAUAAUGAGUUUCGUUUGAUUUCUGGCAACAUAAGACAGAGUUCUCCAACAACCCAUACGUGGUCUGUUGGUACACAUUAUGUCAUCACUAGGUACGUAUUGAUACAAGUCGCUGGAAAUGCGUCGGUGUCGCUGGUGGGCGGUGGACCCGGAACCAACUAUUUGUCCCUGAUGUUCUUGCAGUCACCUUUCGAUCAAACAAUGUACGAGUACGACUAUGAGAUUUGGGUACAUGAGGUUGACUCUUCAUCGAGGACGAACAUUGAAUCCGAAAAUGCUCGUGUUACCGAAGUAAUAGAAUAUAUGUAA